UGGCCGGGCACUUGGAUCUUGAUUCUUGUUCCAUCUGCCGUAGCUGCAGCCUUUCUCUCGCUUUCUCGACGCACCUAGCCCUCUUGAUAGUGCAAUCUAGAGAAGCUCUACUUUCUGUCCUGAUCGCAAAGGACCAUUGCUUGAUUGUGUGAGAUUCAUCUAUUGAGAGCGCCGAAGAGAAAGCAAUCGAGCCCAACGUGUCCAGACACCUCCUUUGGAUUUGGAUUUGGAUGUGGAUGUGAGCACGCGACAUCUGUGCUACAGCAGCUACGCUUUGAUCGAUGAACCCCCGCCGACAGCUCAGCACAAGCGUGAAAAAAAGAAAACAGAGAAUAUAAACAAAAAUAACCAGUAGAGGGGAACGUAAUUCUGCCUUCUGCCUCACUCUACGAUCCCUUCGGGCGAUCUGCAUUUGCUGUAUAAACAACGGCUUGAGCGUGCGCUCACCACCUAGAACAACAAAUAUGGCAGUCGGCCGGAUUCUCGCAUCUGCCCUCUCUGGCGGCAACAGCAGCGACAGCGACAGCACCUCACGGGCUGCAAAAUCUGAGCGGCAUGUGCAUUGGAGCCAAUCCGUGGACGAGUACCAGUACGCUUCAAACGCGGAUGAGCAUCUGCCGCUGUAUUCUCUGCCUGAGUCGAUGGGAGGCUCCGACGGUGCUGGCCGGACGUGGGCGAGCAAGCAGAAAAAGCAGAAAUCGCGAUCUCGGAAGCUCUGGCGUCGGUCGCAUCGGUUGCGGCCACGAUGUACGAUGGCAAUGCUGUUCAUGCUGAUCCCCAUUUUCUUCUACCUGUCGAUUCUGUGGAUCAAAGAGCAAGAUUUGGAUGCCAAGUGGAGGCCCGAUCGCGACUCGCUUCUGUUCAGCAGGAAGCCCCUGCCUGCUCCCCUGGAGAGGACAUGGAUAUCGAGCUAUAAGCUGCCACUAAGAACGCAGGGGCGAAACAUUGUCGACGCUGACGACCACCGAUUCAAACUAUCGUCGAUCAACUGGUAUGGCGCCAGCGACGAGCUUUUCGUCCCUGGAGGGCUCGAUGUCCAGCACCGAAGCGCCAUUGCCGAGACGAUUAAGAAGCUGGGCUUCAACAGCGUAAGACUUCCCUAUGCGGAUGAGCUGGUUAUGAAAAACCCCAUCAUCGAGCCGCGUUUGGUGCUUGCCAACCCGGAUCUGGAAGGCCUCCACGCCAUGGAUGUGUUCGAAGCAGUGACAACCGCCCUGACGGAUGCUGGCCUUGCUGUCAUUAUCAACAACCAUAUCACACGCGCCACGUGGUGCUGCGGGGCGGACCCUUGCGAUGCUGGCUGGUCCAACGAUCACCUUGGACCACUGUGCCGGGUCAAGCAGACGGAAGAGGAAUGGAUUCAGCAUUGGGAGUCGGUCAUGGAGCGUUUCGUGCACAACCCGUUGGUCAUUGGGGCAGACCUCCGCAACGAGGUCCGGGGCCUCUGGGGAACAAUGCCAUGGUCCAAAUGGGCGGCUGCGGCAGAGAAAUGCGGCAACCGGCUGCUGAAGAUGAAGCCGGAUUGGCUCAUCGUCGUCGAAGGCACCGAGUCCGCCAACGAUGUUUCGGGCGCUAGAGAACGGCCGGUUCAGCUGCACGUCGAUAACCGCCUCGUAUACUCUGCCCAUGGCUACAAGUGGUCUGGAUGGGGAAGCUGGCAGGGCCGAUUCGCCCAGCGAAGCUACAAGUCGUUUGUCAAGACGAUGCGCCGCAACUGGGCAUAUCUCCUCGAGGGCGACGUUGCACCUGUCUGGUUUGGCGAACUGGGCGCACCCAACGAUCCUUCUGUUGGGGAUGCGCGCUACUGGAAGAACUUGCUAAAGUAUCUCAAGUCCAUCGACGCAGAUUUUGGAUAUUGGGCUUUGAAUCCGCGCAAACCCAAAGAUCAUGCGAGAGAAUCUUAUUCGCUGAUGCACGAUGACUGGAUCACGCCAGUGCUGGAUUAUAGAAUGAAGGACUUGCUGGAGCUGAUGAGGCAAUGAGCUGGGAUGAUUUGAUUUGAGAAAGAGAAGGGGAUGUGCUUCGUUUCUCUUUAUUUGGUUUAUCAUAGACGGAGUUAUUUGGUUACAUACCCAGUUUGACGAGCAUAUGCAUAUCUACAUUGGAGGCGUUUUGGACGGGCGUGGAUGCUAAUCCCACGCAAAGACCACUAAUUCCAUUGCGCGGGAGCCGCAAUUGGGCUUUUUUUUUUAUGGCGAUGAUGCGCAUUUACAUACACUACUUGAUGAUCUUACCUACUAGGGUACCUAUCUAUUAUGAUACAUUGCUAUGCUAGAAAUUGAACAAAGUUGC